UUCGUUCCUCUCCUCUUCGACGAAAUUAAAGAGCGAGAGAUCGAAAGGGAAAGGAGAACCCUCCCCCCCCCCUCUCUCUUGCCAUUCUCCAAUUUCGCCUCAAUCUCAUCUUGUUGUUGGUCGAAUCCGAUCUCUUCUUCUUCGUGUUCUUCGUGUUCUUCGAUUCGAUUUGGUUUUGGGGAUCGAUCGGGAGCCCUAGCUCCCCGGGUGUGAUGGAGCUGGUCGGGAGUGUCGUGAGGAAGACGUUCCCGGGGCUCGGGACGUAUGAGGGAGUUGUGGAGUCGUAUGAUGCGUCCACGAGAUUCUUCAAGGUGCUCUACGAGGACGGGGACACCGAGGAGGUCGAUUUUGGUGAGAUCGCGUCGAUGUUGGGGGAGGUGGGGGAGCUACCCCACGUAGAAGCGGAGGGGAUGGACGAUCACGGGCGGAGGCCGAAGAAGCGGCGGCGGGCGGAGCCGGAUUCUGUGGAGAACGGGGGGUUUGGGGAGGGUAGUGCUUUGGGGGAUGGAGGUGGGGGUUUGGUGGAGAGUACUAGGGUUUCUGAUGCGAUCGAGAGGCUAAAUGAUGUUUUGGGUGCUAUAGAAGGAGCUGAAGCUAGUGGUGAGUGCUCCAAUGGAGAUUUGUUAGAGAAAGGUUCUUCUCAGGGUUUGGUAGGAACUCGGGAAUUGGGGAGGUUGGAGGGAAAUGGUUGUAGUGAAGGAUCGGUGGAUAAUGUGAAGGGAAAUGGCUCUUCUGAAGGGUUUAGAGAUACCCAAAUUGAGGAGACGGCACCCAAAGAUCCGAUCAAGCAGGGAGAUGAUACUAUACGUAGAACACAGGAGGGUGAGCAAGUUCCAAAGAGAAGACGAGGACGCCCCAGGAAAGUCACUUCUUCUUCCGGGACACCAUUGAGAAGGAGAGAUGGGGAUUUGGUGGAAAGCACUGGGGUUUCUGAUGGGAUCGAAAGGCAAAAUGGAGUUUUUGGUGCUAUACAUGGAACUGAAGCUAGCGAUGAGUGUUCUAAUAGAGAUUUUUUGGAGAGAAGUUCUUCUCAGGCGAUGAAAGGAACUCCGGAAUUGGGGAGGUCAGAGGAAGUUGGUAGUGGUGUAGGAUUGGUGGGUAAUGUGAAGGAAAGUGGGUUUUUUGAACACUUGAUGGAUAUCAAAAUUGAGGAGAUGAUCCCCAAAAAUCUAGUAGAGCGGGGAGGUGAUAAUAUACAUGGAACAGAGGAGGGUGAGCAAGUUCGAAAGAGAAGACGGGGACGUCCCAGGAAAGUCAAAUCUUCUACGGUGACACCACUGAGAAAGGGAGGUGGGAAUUUGGUGGAAAACACUAAGGUUUCUGGUGGGAUCGAGGGGCAUAGUGGUUUUUUGGGUGCUAUAGAUGGAGCUGAAGCUAAUGGCAAGUGUUCGUAUGGGGAUUUGUUGGAGAAAGAUUCUUCUCAGGGUUUUGGAGGAACUCCGGAGAUGGUGAGGUUGGAGGAAAAUGGUACUAGUGAAGGAUUCGCAGUUGAUUUGAAGGAAAAUGGCUCUCGAGAACCCUAUACCGACACACAAAUUGAGGAGAUGACACUGAAAAAUCCUAUAGAGCAGGGAGAUGAUGCUAUGUGUGGAACAGAGGAGGGUGAUCAAGGUCGAAAGAGAAGACGAGGGCGUCCGAAGAAAGUCGAUUUAUCUACUGUGACACCUCUGAGGAGGAGUGCUCGUAGAGCAAAUACUUCUUUGCAAUCUACUGAGAAUUCUGUUACGCUUCAGGUGGCUGCUGAAGAUAAUACAAUUUCAGAGGCUAAAGCUGAUGCAUGUGUUAGUGAGGAUUUCGCCAAUCCAGAACUGCCCUCUUCUUCGAAUGAUUUGGAUUUAGAAGGGCUUCCUGUCCUCGAUCUUUUCUCUGUUUACACUUGUUUGAGAUCUUUUAGCAGGCCUCUGUUUCUGAGCCCGUUUGGGUUGGAAGCAUUUGUGGCGGCUUUGAGAUGCAAACAUGUGAAUUCAUUGAUCGACUCUAUUCAUUUUUCCAUAUUGCAAGCAUUGAAGAGGCAUUUGGAAUUCCUUUCUGAAGAAGGAUCUCAGUCAGCUACUGAUUGCAUCAGGAACCUUAAUUGGGAGCUCUUAGAUUUAGUAACAUGGCCUCUUUACCUUGCUGAGUACUUACUAGUUUUUGGUUCAAGUUUGAAAUCUGGUAUCAAACUUACUCAUUUGAGGCUCUUGAAUAAGGAGUACUAUGAACAGCCUGCUGACGUGAAACUGGAUUUACUCCGUUGUCUAUGUGAUAAUGUCAUUGAAGUUGAAGAAAUUAGAUCAGAACUGAAUUUAAGAAUGAGCCAAUCUGAGUACAACACAAACAUGACCAUCGCAAAACGGAGGACUAAGCCAGGUAUGGAAACUUUGGGGGGUUCGUUCGCUCACAAAUAUGAAGAUGAUGUUGAUGGGAAUAGCGAUGAAUGUUGCCUUUGUGGGAUGGAUGGUAAUCUUCUAUGCUGUGAUGGUUGUCCUGCUGCAUUUCAUUCUAAAUGCGUUGGAGUGGCUAAAGAUCUUUUGCCCGAAGGCGACUGGUAUUGUCCUGAUUGUUUGCUGGAAAGAAGUGAUGGGUUGAUUAAUUUGUCGAAGGCUUGCCAAGGAGCAGAGGUUUUGGGAAUAGAUCCACAUGGACGUAUGUAUUUUAGAAGCUGCGGCUAUCUUUUGGUGUCUGACUCAUGCAAUGCAGAAGCUUCAUGCCAUUAUUAUAAAAGCAAUGAUUUGCUUUCUGUUAUGGGAGUGUUGAAAUCAUCUGAUUGUUCAUAUGAACCAAUCACUACUGCAAUAUGUGCAUCGUGGGAUAUUCCUGUGGAAUCUUCUAGUUAUUAUGGUCAAUUUGAUAAUGAGAAUCACAACAUCCAUGGAAUGCCAGAUUUUCAUAAUAACGACAAUCUAUCCUUACCUUUAAAGCAGGAUUUUUCUGGUGAUAAGGAUGUCGGAAAGAUUCCAGAGUCUAAUUCUCCGUCUGCUGAAAAUUUGGGCACUAAUAUAACUAAUGGUUCUGACUUAAGCAAGUUGAAUGAGGUCAUUUUAAAUCAUCCGGAUUCACUUCAGUCUGAAGGGAUGACAACAUUAGUCAGUUCUGAAAUUUUGAAUGGACUGGCCCAUGAGAGUGGUGUAAAUUCUUCAGAUGAUGCUGAUAUUACUGGGAAAGAGGUCAUUAUAUUAACACCUGCUGACGCAGCUGUUGAGAAUGGGAGACAAAGUGGUUCAUAUGCUGGUGCAUUUGUGAUUACUGAGCAAAGGACAGAUGGGGCUUCUCAACUCCAUUUUGAUCUUGGUAGUUACGUGAAUUACUACAGUUUUGGUCGUAUAGCUUCUUCUGUUGCUGAAGAGUUGACACAUAUUUCAUCUGAGUGCAACACUAAGGAAGUAAAGAAAUCUGUUGAGGACGUGAUGUCAGUACAGCUGAAGGCAAUACCUAAGAAGUCCAUUAAGCUUUGUUGCUAUCCAUAUCGGGAGCUAUCUUUCGAUGCACAAAAAGAAAAAUGUGGAUGGUGCUACUCCUGCAGAACCUCCAGUGAUGCUGAUUGUUUAUUUAAAAAUACAGAUGGUAACCUUCUUGAAAGUUCUGGACCACCUUCCGAAGGACAAUUUUUGAAAAAGGACAAGAAAAACCAUAUUGCUUCUACUGCGCAUUAUAUUUUAUCAAUUGAAGAUCGUUUGCGUAGUUUAUUGUCAGGCCCCUGGCAGAACCCACAUUUUAGUAAUGUUUGGCGUGAGGCAGUUCUGAAGGCAUCUGAUGUCACAUCGCUAAAGAACCUGCUUCUUACUUUAGAAUCAAGUUUGCGGCGCAUUGCACUCUCAGCAGAAUGGCUUAAACCUGUGGAUUUUAGUAAUACAAUUGGUUCAGCAUCUUAUUCUUUGACUGAUUCACAUGAAUCUUCGAAUAAUGGAAGCAGUAAAAAGCAGGGGAGGAAAUCUAAUCCUACUAGUGAUCGUAAUAAUAUCUCUGAUGAUUCUACAUCUCAUGUCAAUUGGUGGAGGGGCGGCAAACUAUCCCGUCAGGUGUAUCAAUGGAAGAGGUUGCCUCGAUCAUUGGCCUCCAAGAGUGGCAGGCAAGCGGGUUUUAAAAAAAUUCCAAGCAUCUUGUACCCUGAUGGUUCAGAUAUUGCCAGGAGAAGCAAAUGCAUUGCCUGGCGUGCUGCUGUUGAAAUGUCAAAAAGUGUGGCUCAGCUUUUAUUCCAGAUUAAAGAAUUCGAUUCGCACAUUAAAUGGACUGCAAUUUCCAGUACUCAACCUUUUCCUCCUGCGUCUAAGGAUUCAAAGAAAUUAACAAAGCUUUUUAAGAAAGUCAUUAUACGAAGAAAAUCCAUCGAGGGAACAAAUGUAAAGUAUCUACUUGAUUUUGGAAAGAGGGAUAAUAUCCCUCCUAUUGUUGCCAGAUAUGGCGUGAUACUUCAAGAGCCUUCCAGUGACAGGAAAAAGUAUUGGUUGAGUGAAUGUCAUGUUCCCUUGGAUCUCUUAAAAGCAUUUGAAGAAAAGAGAUUAGCUCGCGUACAGAAAAAGAAAGAUUCUGACCAUCCUUCUGAUAGGGCAAGUGAUUGCAAAUUAAAGAAGACUGCCAAUCUUGCCGACAGGGCAAGUGAUUGCAUCUCAAGGAAGACUAAAAGAUCGGAAGGAUUUUCACUUCUUUUUUUGAAAGCACAACAGUUGGCGGGCGAAAUUUGUGGCCACUGUAAUGAAAAAGUACUUGUCAGUGAAGCUGUGAAUUGCCAAUAUUGUAACGGGUUUUUCCACAGAAAACAUUUCAAAGUACCUAGAGGUGCUACAUGUACAACUUACACCUGCUCUAAAUGCAAGGACAAACAAAGUCUGAAGGCAAAACCUCUAGUAUGCACGGACAAACAAACUUCGAGCACGAAACCUCAAGUAUGCAAGGACAAAGAAAGUUUGAAAGCAAAACCUCGAGGAAAAAAGUUAGUAAAGAAGAAGAAGAAGAAUAAGAAGAAAACCUCUGAGGUCAAAAUGCCAUUGCGUAGGUCAGAAAGGAUAAAACGUGUAGUGGUGAAAUUGAAGAAGGCUGGUGUGAAGAAGAGAGGGAAACAGGCUCAAUCUAAGAGGGGACGGCCGAAAAAGUUUGCUAAUGAAUCUGGAAAAGGCCAAUCUAAAAGAUCUGAAAUUAGUUCUAAAACGGACCCUUCAAAACAAUCUGAGAAUGAAAUACUCUGGCGGAAGAGAAAGAGAACAGUAAUGCACUACCCAUACUGGUUGAAUGGCCUUCAUUGGACACACAAUGUGGACAAUGAACAUGGAAAAUGUUUUAGAAAAAGGAAAGUUCUUUUGCCAUCCCAACAUAUUGAGGAAUCCUCCUCUUUAGCACCAGUUUGUUGCCUUUGUUCGAAAGGUUAUUGUCCAGAAGUAAUUUAUGUUGCCUGUGAAAAAUGUGAAGAUUGGUUUCACGCGGAUGCUUACUGUGUUACUCUUGAGAAUUUGAACAAUCUAAUUGGGUUUACGUGUCAUAAAUGCCGAAAGAGAAGCGUUCCCGUUUGUCCAUAUUCUGGGGUUGCUAUCCCUCGGUCAGAUCAAGAACUUGCUGUUGGAGGUACAGUUUGUUUUGAGGAUCAAAACAGCUAUGAGGAGAGGAAACAAGAUGGUAUUACAUCUACUGCAGUUGAAAUUUUGCCUUCAUCUACUGCAGUUGAAUUAACAAAUGGGCCUAUUAUGAUGCCCACACUGAUGCAUGAUGAAGAGAAAACCUUCUCUUCUGGAGAUGAGAAUGCUUCUCAAAUAGUGGUUAGUUCACCGAAUACUAUCAGGAGCUCUAAUGAAGUAGGUGAAGAGGUGCUUAUGGCUUGUACACAUGGUCACUUAGCUGCCACACCCACAGACAAUCCUGUGAGCUCCUUUAUGGAUUGAUGGUACAGGUGGGGAAUUCUGAUUCUAUAACAUUGUAAAUAGAAGAGAUGUGUUCAACUUCGUGUGAUACUUUCAUUGUAAUUGUUGGUAAGGUAAUUCCAAGUGGGCCCAAACCUCUCUGCAUGCUGAAGAAGUAUUUCUCAUUUAUGAGUUAGUAAGAAUCAAAGCAUGAUUUACUCGGCGGCAGUCAGUAAGGUUAUUUGCCUGAGUGGUUCAUUUUUCAUUGAUGUGCAAUUUGUGGCCCUUUCAAUAAAUUGGACAAAAGGGAUCGCUAUUUGGUCAUCAUUCUUCUUGCUUUCACAUUAUUGCGAUCAGCUUCUCUGGCUUUCACUAUUUCAGUAUUUGAUGAGGUUUAGCAUUUACCGGCGCCUUUGCUAUUAAUUUAGAUCUUUUAGCUGACUCAGGAAGACUUUCUUCUGACCUAGCAGGCAGUAUAUGGACAUGUCGGCAAUCAAACUCUCCUUUGCCGCUUGGAACCAGAUGGUUUUCUCUUUCUACCAUUUCCUGAAAAUAUUUCCGAUCAACAAUGCCUUUUCAUUUGCUUUAUCUACCAAAUGAAAUUGCUUGAUAGUUUACUAACUAAAUUGAAGGUUCACUUUUUCUGAAAAAUUAGCCAUUGCAAGUCUCAACUAAUUUUAGUUAAUCCCAAUGGUUAAGAGAAAGCUGUUGAGGUGUAAACAUCAUUUAGCAAUUUGGUUUUAAUUGUCGAGAAUUAGGUUCAAUUGUGUUAUUAUGUUUUGUUAGUUAGCAUCAUCUGGAUAUUUAUUUGAUUACAUGACAAUCCAAUCCUUAUUCGUAAUCAUUAAUUACUAAACUAGUUUACAAAGGGGAAUUUCUACAGAUGGAACAAUUUUCAGUAUAAUUUUUAGCACUUCCAGCAAAACAAGCCAUGAAAAUGCAUGCAAACAAAAGGAAAAAAAUGUUAAAUUUUGCUGAACUCAUAUGACUAGUAUGGAUUCCACUGUUUAAAUUGUCAAACCAAUAGAUCUUUCUCUUGAAAAGUUGUUACUGAGCCUAGAUACCAAUUAAUAGAAAAUAUGCUGCCUAUUUCCCAUUUUCAUAUAACAAUUGGUACAUUCAGCCAUUCUUCUCAUGCUAUCGAAAUAUUAACUAUUAAAGAAGAUUAUUAUGAUGCUUCUAAAUCAAUAUAGCAUUUUUUUUAAUUUUUCUAAUUUUUUUUUUUGUGGUGAGAGAUGCUUUUGUGGUAUUAGGGUGUCACAGUAUGAUCAUAUAAUAUCUUUACUAAUGGACCACUUUCCACAAGGUAGCAAAAUAGUUGCAAUGUUCCACCAUUAAAUAGUAUUCUCAUACUUCCAAGUGUCGCAUGUUAAAUUGUUGCGCAAAACAAGUGCAAAAAUGGAAAUAGAAAGUCAAGACUGAUUCACAGGUCGGAGCUAUUAUUGCUUUUGCAUUAUUUUGUGUUGUUAACUUUCUUUGCUUUCAAUGAAGAAAUCUUCUUACACUCUUUAUUUUUAACCAUUUGACUAAUGAAUGAUAAUUUGCUGGGUUAGUAUUUGCUGUCAAUGACUACUUUUUUUUGGAGCUUGGCUUUUAUGCGGGGUUGUAAUUACCAAACAUUGCCACUUUUAUGGUGUGACAUUGACUUUCCAAAUGCAACUUGGUCAUAUUUGUCGAUUAAUAGAACAUUGAAAAGAAACUGGUUUACCAGAUAGUUCUAUAUUGUUUUGUUUUUUUAUUUCUACAUUGACAGGUUGCUAUCUCAAAUGAUAAAAGUUGUGUUA